AUGGACAGAGACAACCAGACGAGAGUUACAGAAUUCCUUCUCCUGGGACUCUCUGGGAAGUCAGAGCAGGAAGACAUUCUCUUUGGGCUGUUCUUGUGGAUGUACGUGGUCACCAUCAUUGGGAACUUUCUCAUCUUCUUGGCCAUCAGCUGUGACAGUAAUCUCCACACGCCCAUGUACUUCUUCUUGGCCAACCUCUCCUGCGUCGACACCUGCUUUUCAUCGGUCACAAUCCCCAAGAUGCUGGUGAAUCACAUAUUGGAGGACAAGUCUAUCUCUUACAUGGGAUGUAUGGCCCAGAUAUACUUCUUUAUCACUUUCACUAACAUGGAUGGGUUUCUCCUGAGCGUGAUGGCCUACAACCGUUACGUAGCCAUCUGUUACCCACUGCACUACACCCUGAUCAUGAGGCCCAAACUCUGUGUCCUUCUGGUGGCCACGUCGUGGGGCAUUACAAAUCUGCAUGCUCUCCUACACACUCUUCUCAUGAUCCAGCUCUCAUUUUGUUCCAACAAUGCUGUGCACCACUUCUUCUGCGACCCUUACCCUGUUCUAAAGCUGUCAUGUUCUGAUACCUUUAUCAAUGACCUGAUGGUCUUCACUGUGGGGGGAGUGAUAUUUCUGACACCGUUUGUGUGUAUCAUUGCUUCCUAUGCUCACAUCUUCUCUAAUGUACUGAAGCUGCCAUCUGCCCAUGGGAUACGGAAAGCGCUGUCCACAUGUGGAUCCCACCUCACUGUGGUCUCCUUGUUCUAUGGGGCAAUCCUGGGGGUCUAUAUGCGCCCUUCAUCCUCCUACUCACUACAGGACACAGUGGCCACUGUCAUCUUCACAGUGGUGACACCUUUAGUCAAUCCCUUUAUCUAUAGCCUGAGGAAUCGUGAUAUAAAAGCAGCCCUAAGGAAACUAAUUCUCAGGGUCUAG